AUGCAGACUUCGACAAUUGUUACGAUAUCUGUCGGUACCGUUGUAACUGGGCUGCUCGCAUAUGCAGUGUACUUUGAUUACCGGCGGAGAAAUGACCCUGAAUUCCGAAGAGCUUUGAAAAGAGAGUCACGAAGGCAAGCUAGGAUAGCAAGGGAGGAGGCCGAAAUCCAAGGCAAACAACAGAGAGAAGAGAUCAAGCGGGCUGUCCAGGAAGCUAUUGAAGAAGGUUUUCCUACAGACGUCGAAGAGAGGGAAGCCUUUUUCAUGCAACAGAUAGCCCAGGGCGAGUCUUUGGCUGGAGAUGGAUCUGAUCCUGUCGCUGCUGCCCUCUGUUUCUACAAAGGCCUCAAGGUCUGGCCCGAGCCAUCAUCGCUCAUCGGCAUCUACGACAACACCGUUCCCAAACAUAUCCUCGAAAUUUUGGCCGUCAUGGUAGCCCAGGACAAGUCGCUCAAUGUGUCCUUUGGCGGUGGUAGCUCAAGCUCGCCUUCAGAGAGUGCGCAUGGUGUGGAAUAA